AAAGCAUUUUUCUCUAUGGCGACGGAAAGUAAAAAAAAAACUGUGAUAUAAGAAAUAUCUUUGUUGUAAUGAUUUUCUAAAUAUAACUCUAAGUAGCCAAAUCUGUUAAUAAAUAUUGUAUCCGUUAAAAUCCUGUGAAAUCAGAGACUCAUAAUGUGGUGUGAUUAAUUUGUGAUGCCAUCUGAAUGUCGUUUAUUUUAUCAGAUUUAUUGAUGUGUAGUUGUGUACCCGCCAAACAGACAGCAAUGGCCGCCGCCUUAGGUUUCCGUCAAAAUUGUUUAUCAUUCCAACGGAACAUUAUUCUCUUGGCUAGAACUAGACCAAAUAAACAUCAAUAGAUACUUACUAAUUAUUAUUCGGUUCGGCUUAUGAUAGAUUUAGUCAUUUUAAAUAAUAAUUGUGACUACAGUGCGAAUGUUGUCGGCGGCAUACAAUAAUUUUGUAAAACAUCUAUUUCACUGUAAAUUAAAAUAUACACGUAAAAAUUUUAAUGUUCAAAGAGUGUAGUGAGUGUCUGUAUGGAAUCAAGAGUGUUGGAUCGAAGUGACGCGAUGCAGCGAGAGCGCUAUGAGCGCUGUCGAUGAGCUGUCUACCGGCGCCGGCUCUUCUCGUUUACUCAUGGGCGUGGAGCGGCUGGGCCCCGGCGGGGGCGGCGGCGACGGGGGCGCGGGCGCGGCCAGCCCCGAGGAGCCGCCCCGCAAGCGCGCGCGCCCGCCGCCCGCCGCCGACGACCUGCGCCGCCGCCUGCUGGACCACAAGAUGACACAACUCAACACACUCAAGGACAGACUAACGGAGCAGCUGAGCGAGCUGUACUUCCUGCAGGCGGGAGGCAACAUGAUGGACUACGCGGCGUGGAGCAAGCGGCCGCCCGCGCCCGCGCUGCUGGCCUUCCUGCAGGCGCGGCGGCCCGCGUCGCCGCUGCCCGCGCCCCCCGCUCCCCCCGCCGCCCCCGCCGCGGCCCCCGCCCCCGCGGCCCCGGCGGCGCGCGACGAGGUGGUGGCGGCGGCGCGCGCGGAGGCGGCGGUGGCGGCGCGCGUGGCGGAGCUGGUGCGCGCGGGGCUGUGGGCGGAGCGCCGCCUGCCGCGCGUGCUGGAGCCGCCGCGCGCGAAGGGGCACUGGGACUACCUGCUGGAGGAGAUGGCCUGGCUCGCGCAGGACUUCGCCACCGAGCGCAAGUGGAAGAAGCAGGCCGCCAAGAAGUGUGCUCGCGCUGUACAAAAAUAUUUUCAAGACAAGGCGAUGGCCGCACAGAAAGCAGAAAAGGCUCAAGAAAUACAACUGAAGAAGAUAGCCGCUUUCGCCGCUAAAGAAAUACGGACGUUCUGGGCGAACGUGGAGAAGGUGGUGGAGUGGAAGCGCGUGCGGCGCGUGGAGCGCGCGCGCAAGGAGGCGCUGGACGAGCAGCUCAGCUACAUCGUGGACCGCAGCGAGCGCUACUCGCGCGCGCUGGCCGCCUCGCUGGACGCGCCCGCCUCGCGCGCCGCCUCGCCCGCGCCCUCCGACUACAGCGCCGCCGAGGACUCCGCCGACGACGAGACCACCAUCGCGGAGCAGGAGCGGCGCGAGCGGGCCGACCCGCGCGCCGAGCUGGGCCAGCUGCGCGCCGACGCCGAGCUCAGCCUGGACGAGCUGCGCGCGCGCUACGCCGCCUCGCCGCCGCCCGCGCGCAGUGACUCCGCUUCCGACACCGACACGGACACGGACUCGGGCAGCGACAGCGACGCCUCGUCCGCCUCGGAGCCGCUCACGGCGCUGGUGGCGGCGGACGCGGGCGCGGGGGAGGGGGAGGGGGCGGCGGAGAGCUCGGAGCGGCGCGUGGAGGCGGCGGCGCAGCUGGCGGCGUCGCUGCAGCCGCGCGGGACCACGCUGGCGGCGGGCGGCGGCACCCCGCCCCCGGCGCUGCUGCGCGGCACCCUGCGCGAGUACCAGCUGGUGGGGCUGCACUGGCUGGCCACGAUGCACGCGCGCCGCCUCAACGGCAUCCUGGCGGACGAGAUGGGGCUCGGCAAGACCAUCCAGAGCAUCGCGCUGCUGGCGCACCUGGCGGAGCGCGGCGACUGGGGCCCGCACCUGGUGGUGGCGCCCACCUCCGUGGUGCUCAACUGGGAGCUGGAGUUCAAGCGCUGGUGCCCGGCGCUCAAGCUGCUCACGUACUACGGCAGCAUGAAGGAGCGCAAGCUGAAGCGCGUCGGCUGGAGCAAGGCGCACAGCUUCCACGUGUGCAUCACGAGCUACAAGCUGGUGGUGCAGGACCACCAGUCCUUCCGCCGCAAGCGCUGGUCCUACCUCAUCCUGGACGAGGCGCAGAACAUCAAGAACUUCCGCAGCCAGCGCUGGCAGAUGCUGCUCAACUUCCACACGGAGAGACGGCUGCUGCUGACGGGCACGCCGCUGCAGAACUCGCUGCUGGAGCUGUGGUCACUCAUGCACUUCCUCAUGCCCGAGGUGUUCGCGUCGCACUCGGAGUUCCGCGAGUGGUUCACGCCGCUGGCGGGCGCCGUGGCGGCGGGCGCGGGGGCGGGGGGCGCGGGGGGCGACGCCGACCCCGCGCUGCUGCGCCGCCUGCACGCCGUGCUGCGCCCCUUCCUGCUGCGGCGCCUCAAGCGCGACGUGGAGCGCCAGAUGCCGCGCAAGUACGAGCACGUGGUGAUGUGUCGCCUGGCGCGGCGGCAGCGCGCGCUGUACGACGACUACAUGUCGCGCGCCGCCACGCGGGACUCGCUCGCCAGCGGCAACCUGCUGAGCGUCAUCAACGUGCUCAUGCAGCUGCGCAAGGUGUGCAACCACCCCGACCUGUUCGAGCCGCGCCCCGUGACCGCGCCGCUCGCGCUGCCGGCGCUGCGCCUGCGCGUGCCCGCGCUGCUGCUGGCGGCCGGCGUGGCCUCCCGCGCCCGCCUGGCCGCGCGCCUGGGCGGGGACCUGGCCGCGCUGGAGCUGAGCGACGCCGCCGCCUUCCCCGCGCACCGCGCGCGCCACCUGGCGCCCCCGCGCCGCCUGCUGGAGGAGCCUCCGCCCGCGCCGCCGCCGGCCCCGCCGCCCGCGCGCCUGCGCCUGCACCUGCGCCUCGUGCCGCGCGCGCCGCCGCCCGCCUCCGCGCCGCCCGCCCUACCGCGCGCCGCCCGCCCGCCGCCGCCGCCCGCGCCGCCUGCAGCGCCUAACCAGGAAUCUCCCACGCAGAGCGUGGCCGGUCGGCGGCUGGCGGCGCGUCGGCGGGCGGCGGCGCGGCGCGCGGGCGCGGUGAACGAGCGCCGCUGCUGGCGCCUGCCGCUGUACGGGGCGGACCUGCGCGCCGCCGUGUCCGCCCCGCGCGCCCCCCCGCCCGGCUCGCCCGGCCUGGCCGCCGUGCUGGCGCGCCACGAGGCGCUGCUGCAGCGCGUGUGCGUGUGCGUGCAGGCGGCGCGCGCGCCCCCGCCGCGCCUGGAGCCGGGCGCGGGCGCGGGCGGCUGGGCGCGCGCCGCCGCCCGCCUGACCGCGCUGCGCCCGGCCGCCGCCGCGCUGCUGGCGCUGCUGCACGCGCCCGCCGCGCUGCAGCAGGUCACCUUCCCGCACCCCUCGCUGCUGCAGUACGACUGCGGCAAGCUGCAGCGGCUGGCGGGGCUGCUGCGGCGGCUGCGCGGCGGCGGGCACCGCGUGCUGGUGUUCACGCAGAUGACGCGCGUGCUGGACGUGCUGGAGCGCUUCCUGUCGCUGCACGGACACACGUACCUGCGGCUGGACGGCGCCACGCGCGUGGACCGCCGCCAGCCGCUCGUCGACCGCUUCAACAGCGACCCGCGCAUCUUCGCGUUCAUCCUGAGCACGCGGUCGGGCGGCGUGGGGCUGAACCUGACGGGCGCGGACUGCGUCGUGUUCUACGACUCGGACUGGAACCCCACCAUGGACGCGCAGGCGCAGGACCGCUGCCACCGCAUCGGGCAGACGCGCGACGUGCACGUGUACCGCCUCGUGACCGCCGCCACCGUCGAGGAGAACAUCCUGCGCAAGGCGGAGCAGAAGCGCGCGCUCGGCCGCCGCGCCAUCGAGGACGGCCGCUUCACCACCAGCGGGCUGCGCGCCGACGCGCUGCACGACCUGUUCCGCACCGACCCCGCCGCCCCCGCGCCCCUCGCCCCCGCCCCCGCCGCGCCGCCCCCCGCGCCCGACGCGCUGGCCGCCGCGCUGGCCGCCGCUGAGGACGAGGCGGACGCGGGGGCCGCGCGCGCCGCCCGCCUCGAGGCCGCGCAGGACCUGCGCGAGUUCGACGAGAGCGUGCCGCUGGAGGACGACCCGCCCGCGCCCGCGCCCGCGCCCGCCGCGCCCCACGAGCCCGCCGAGCCCGAGCUGGCCACGCUCAUGAAGCAGCUGACGCCGGUGGAGCAGUACGCGAUGCGCGUGGUGGAGCGCAGCACGGAGCAGGCGGAGCGCGCGGCGCUGAGCGACGCGCGGCGCCAGCAGGAGCAGUGGGGCCGCGCGCGCCGCGAGCUGCGCGCCGCCAGCCCGCCCCCGCCGCCGCGCGCCGCCACGCCGCCCCCGGAGCUCACCUACUGCGCCGAAGACGCGCGCAACCAGAUGUGGGCCAGCGACGUGGGCCACGAGCUGAUGCCGGUGUGGGCGCCGCCGACGCCGCCGCAGGGCGCGGGCGACGUGUACUGCGAGAGCUGGGCGCGCGCGCUGUACCGGCGCGGCGCCGCCCCCGAGCGCCUGCUGCCCGCCCCCGCGCGCGCCGCCCCCCGCGCGCCGCGCCCGCCCCGCGUGCCGCACGCGCCUCUGUCGCUGUUCGAGCGGGGAGCGGGGCGUCCCCGAGCGCGCCCCCGCCCGGCGCCCGCCCCGCACGCGCCGCCCGCCCCCGACUGGGCGCCGCACGAGGACGCGGCGUUGCGGCGCGCGCUCCGCCUGCAGCGCCUGCCGCCGGAGCCGCCGCCCGCGCUGCUGCCCAACUGGGAGUGGUGCGCCGAGCUGGUGGGCAGCGGCGGCCGCCUGUACCGCGCGCCGCGGGCCGCGCGCGAGCGGCACGACCUGCUGGCGGACCCCGAGCGCGCGCGCCGCAAGCUCAAGAAGGCGCGCGCGCGCCGCGGCUCGCCCUCGCCGCCGCCGCCGCCGCUCGCGCGCCUGGACGCCAUGCGCGAGGCCGGCGAGCGCCGCCGCGCCGCGCCCAAGCGCCGCUACGACGAGCCGCCCGCCGCCUCGCGCCACGCCGCGCUGCUGGCCGAGCUGGGCGUGGACUACGACGCGCCGCCCAGCCCGCGCGCCGUGGCCGAGCGCCGCGCCGACCGCAUCGCCAAGGAGAAGCUGAAGGCGGGCGCCGCCCCCGCAGCCGCGGCCCCCGCGCCCCCCGCCCCCGCCGCGCCCGCGCCCGCCCCCGCGCGCAUCGUGGUGGCCGGCGUGGCCCCGCGCCGCGACCCCGCGCUGCUCUACCGCCAGCAGGCGCUCGCUCGCCACCACCUCAAGAUCCUGCACGCGCCGCAACUACAGGGUACAGCAGCAGUGGCGACAAGCAGCGGGACCGCGGAGGGGGCGGCGGCGGCGGGCGCGGGGGGCGGCACCAUGCGCACGCUGCAGCUGCAGCAGCUGUCCGUGCGGCGCCCCCCCGCGCCCCGCGCCGCCGCCCCCUCGCGCCUGCUGCCCCCGCGCGCCGGCCCCGCGCACGUCGUGGUGGCGCACCUCGCCCCCGCCCCCGCCCCCGCCGCCGCCCCCGCCGCCGCGCCCGCGUCCGCGCCGCCGCCCCCUGCCGCCAGCGACACUGAUAGACAAUAAACCUGACUUAUCAGAA